CAAAAAUCGACAGGCACGAAAGCUUGAACUUGUCUUGGCGGGAACAAGAUAACAUCAUCGCCAAUGAAGAACUUGAGUCACCUUUGACAUACCAAGAUAACCUAGAUCGAAACAUCCAAUUUCCAUAUGACAAAGAAAAGAUCACGCGUGGUUGUUUGCUUCUGGCGCAGUCUGCUUUUUUGCCGGUCAGUUUCGAAGAUUGAAUCCUAAGAUUUUCCUGCUGUCGGUUAAGGAGCUUUUGAAAAUAUAGAGAGCCACGAGCGACAUGAUCGAUCUGGGACUUGCCCGCGUCGGCCGUCUCGUCCAGCACACGCCGCAGACAUGGAAAGCCAUACAUGUGGCUGGCACAAACGGCAAAGGCUCAAUAUGUGCCUACCUCUCGGCAAUGCUCUCCGCCAGCGGCCUUUCACAUGCCCGGUUCACGUCGCCCCAUCUCAUUGAUCGUUGGGACUGCAUCGCCAUCAACGGCAGACCCGUGCCGGAAGCCGUGUUUCGGGACGCCGAGGAGGUGGUCAAGCAGAGGGACAGGGACGGUCGGAUUGGCGCGACGGAAUUCGAGCUGCUGACGGCGACGGCAUUUGAAAUCUUCCAUCGGCAGAAAGUCGAGUAUGGGGUGGUCGAAGUUGGCUUAGGCGGCAAGCUCGACGCCACAAAUGUGCUGAAGCAAAAGGCGGUCACCGUCAUCGCCAAAAUUGGGCUUGACCACCAAUCCUUCCUCGGCAGCACAAUCGAGGAAAUCGCCCUUCAAAAGGCCGGCAUCAUGCGUCCCGGCGUUCCCUGUGUGGUAGAUGCCAGCAACCAGCCAUCCGUCCUGAGUGUGAUGGAAAAGCAUGCUCGGGCGGUUGGGGCAGAUCUUCAUUACGCCUCGACCGCCGGUGUUACCGAUGCCGUGGCCGGCGAGAAGUUUGAGCCCCACCAGAUACAGAACCUGGCGUGUGCACAUACGGCUUUUUGCCUGGCGCGCCCCGGGCAUGAGCAGCCCCUCGCUGAUUUCCUGCCGGCGAUCCGACAUGCGCAGUGGCCGGGCCGGCUGCAGAAAGUUGACAUCUCCAAGAUCACGGGCCGGCAGCAGGAGGUGCUUCUCGACGGAGCCCACAACCCUCAAUCGGCCGAAGUCUUGGCCCAGUACGUGGAAAAGCACCUGCGUUCCCGAGACAAGCCCAUUACCUGGGUUCUGGCCGCUACGCAGGGGAAGGACAUGAAUGGCAUCUUCUCUCUGCUUCUCAAACCCGGCGACCAAGUCACGGCUGUCCGUUUCGGACCCGUCGACGGAAUGCCGUGGAUCAAGCCUGCGGACCCCGCUGAGUUGCUCGGAUUAGCUGUUCGACAUGGCGCACAGGAAGCGACCAUCCACAAUGCUGGUGAUGAUGUUAAGGGGGCAAUGAUAUGGGCGUCUCAGGUUGCCAAAGAUGGGCCUAUGGUUAUCUCCGGGAGUCUUUACCUAGUGUCAAGCGUCUUGAGGGCUUUGCGGGACUCGUGAAGCACCAAGAGAUGGAGUAGAGCUCUUGCUUGCGCCCUUCCCCUUGGGCAGGUGAAUGAAUGAGUGCUUGGAUACUAUCUGGG